GCAAUGCACCGGACGACCGGACGAACUUUUAGCCAAUGCACACGCACAUGGUGUAACGAUAACAAUGCGAUAUAUACAUGUACAUGUACGUACCAACCAGUGACAAGCUAGGGCUUGGACCAGGAAGUGUCGAGUUGCACAAUUUGGUAGAAAAGUACGCACGAAGGAAGUGUGUGGGCAGUUUGGUGUCCUUUUCCUGCAGACGGGGUUUAUAAACUCCUGCCAUUGCCCACACGACUCACAUCUGGUUGUUGGUUCCGUCAUCACCACAUCUCUGUUUUGUCACAGAGGUUAAGACACUCGCAUCUCGUCAAGUCUUAGCUCGAUACUUGCAGGUGACUUCAAGACGGUGAACUGAGCAGAGAUACAUCGACAAUGUUUCCCAAGAACACGAUGCCGACGACUGUGGCUGUGCCUGAGAAACCGCCACUACAGACACAUAAAGACUCGACUGUGCUGUACAUGGUGGGUGGAGACCAGGUUGAUGGCAACGAUAGCAGAUGGCAGUUCAAACGGGCCAAGAUCUGCGCAUGCACCGUUGUCAUAACGACCCUGAUCCUGGUAGUCGGCAUACUGGGUGCAAUUACUAUUGUCCUCCGGUCGCAGCAGGGAACCAGCGAGGCCCCCACCGUCUACAAAGAGCCCCUCCUCGGCAAUGAUUCCCCUCUGGAGGAGCCUAUCAACAAAAUCCCCAGAAUCAAGAUCGAUGAUGGCGGACUCUGGCCUCCCAAGAACCCAGUGACCCCUGACCUCGUGGCUGUAGAUGGCAUGGGAACGGUUUCCCUUUCCUCGAGCCCAAAACCAGUCACCGAUGGAAUUGACAUCGAUCCCGAAGGUGACGCAAUCUUUGAACCCUUCGUUUUUUCUUCUGACCAAGGAAGAACCUACAUCAGCUCCUCCUUCCCAUACGAUGGUUUCUACAUGCGUGGCGAAGAAGGGCACCCCCCACCAUCUCAUAGCGAAGAUUCCUCAUCAGAUCCCACAUCUGAAGCUCCUGGAGACAUGGACAGUGAUCUUGACUCAUCUCUGUCAUAUAGAAUUGCUGGACGAACCUACGCCAGCUCCUCCUUCCCAUACGAUGGUUUCUACAUGCGUGGCGAAGAAGGGGAACCGCCACCAUCUCAUAGCGAGGAUUCCUCACCAGAUCCCACAUCUGAAGCUCCUGGAGACAUGGACAGUGAUCUUGACUCAUCUUCGUCAUUUGACCCUUACGAUGGACGGACCUACAUCAGCUCCUCCUUCCCAUACGAUGGUUUCUACAUGCGUGGCGAAGAAGGGGAACCCCCACCAUCUCAUAGCGAAGAUUCCUCACCAGAUUCCACAUCUGAAGCUUCUGGAGACAUGGACAGUGAUCUUGAGGGUUCCGCUGAACCUGAUGAUUCUGAUAUCCCAUCUGAUUCAGACAAUAGCUCGAGCAGCGACCCUAGUAGUAGUAGUAGCGGAUUACCUUCUAAUUAUCGGAUCCCUACGUAGUAUCCGAAUAACAUCAUUUUGGGACUGGUUUAUUAUUUCAACAGACUGCUAUACUCUCAUUAUAUCGUGAAUUUAUUGAAAUUGAUCUCCUGUACAACUUUUUUUGUUUGUAUUUGCUUUUUAUAGAAUAUUAUUGUUUAUAGAGAAAUUCCAUCUUUUAAAGGACAUGUUGUCUGUUGCAACUUCCUACAUUCGGUCUUAAUGCUUUGCGAAUUCUAACUGUUCCCGAAGGCUCACUAAUUACAUCGAUCGCUUGGAAUUUUCUAACGAAUUCGGAAACUCAAUAGUUACUUUAUUUUUAAGUGUAAAUAUGUGUAAAUGUUAAACUUACUUGAGACUGCAAGUCUGACUGUUUGGCAUCUUGGAUUUUCUUUCUGCCGUUGCGGACGCCUUGCCAUCUUGUCGCACAUAAACGUACAGCUUCUGACGUUCAUAUCUGAUUUAUCUGUUUGUUCUGUACAUUUUACAAUUAUGAUAUCAUUAAAGGUAGCGUCCAUCAUUUGUAA